AUGAAGGCAGCAGUAGUUCUGUGUGUGGUGGCGGCGGCGUGGGCGGCUCCCCAGGGCGGCUACAACUACCAGGCGCCCGUCGUGCAGCAGCCCGAGUACCCGUCGGCGCCCGCCCAGUACAACUUCCAGUGGGACGUGAACGACCAGUACUCCGGCAACUUCUACGGCCAACAGGAGCAGCGCGAUGGCGACAAUACCCAGGGCAGUUACUACGUCCAGCUGCCUGACUCUCGCCUCAUGAAAGUCACCUACUACUCCGAUGCCAGCGGCUUCCACCCCACAGUCACCUUCGAGGGCGAGGCUCAGUACCCAAGUGCCCCUGCCCAGGUGUACUCUCAGCCCGCCCCUGCCCCAACCCAGGUGUAUUCCCAGCCUGCUCCUGCCCCUGCCCCUGCCCCUGCCCCUACCCAGCAAUAUUCCCAGCCUGCCCCUGCCCCUAACCAGCAAUAUUCCCAGCCUGCCCCUACCCAGCAGUAUGCCCAGCCUGUCAUCACCCCCUCGCAAUUCUACUCCCAACCCGGGAAAUAAGCUUUUCCUGUGAACCUUUAGCGCUGGAAAUUCCCCUUUCCUUGCCCAUCGUUCCAUGUCUAAUGCUUCUUCAUGGUUCAUAAUCUCAUGGAAACACGCUUAUAUUUGUUUUACGUUAUGUGAUGCUGUCUGAUUUGUUUCAGAUUUAGUUCUGCGUCUUGAAGUAGAUAUAUAUUUUUAUAGAAGAGUCACUAUAUUUUAAUAAAAUGAUGAAAAUUAA